GAAAAUGGCUUCUUCCGGCUCUUACAAUUCACCCUGCGCUGCCUGCAAAUUGUUGAGGAGGAAAUGCAUGCCGGGCUGCAUCUUUGCUCCUUACUUUCCACCGGAGGAGCCCCAGAAAUUUGUGAAUGUUCACAAGAUCUUCGGAGCGAGCAACGUGACCAAGCUCCUCAACGAGCUCCUCCCUCACCAAAGAGAGGACGCGAUGAAUUCCCUCGCCUAUGAAGCUGAGGCGAGAAUAAGAGAUCCAGUUUAUGGCUGCGUUGGCGCCAUCACUUUCCUGCAGAGACAAGUCCAAAGGCUCCAAAAAGAACUUGACACAGCUAAUGCCGACUUGAUCCGCUUCGCCUGCAACGACAUCCCCCCAGCCUUGCCUCAAGCACCGGGUACAAGCUCAUUUCAACCCCUCACUCCCCGUAACAGGCUACCGGAGUUUAACGGAAGGAAUAUUGGCAAUGAAGGAGGAGAAUUCUAUCAGGUCCCCGGUGCUCUUCCUUAUUCUUUCCCUUGGAACGAUGCCUCUUCAGGUGAUAUCAACGAUGGAGGAGGAGAAGGCGGUAUGUGAACAACCAAGACAAUUUCAGAGCCUACUAUGCUCCAUUUAGGGUUUCCUAUAUGGAGACAUAUGGUCGUUCUGGGAUGAGUGCUUCUUUUACAUUUUUAAGUGAAGGUUUGGUCUAUGGCUAACCUCCAUCUUCAGGACUUUCCUAUGUCCGAGCUAGAGAUGUCGCUUAGCUUUUCUAGUUUUCAUUGUUUGUCUCGGUGAUGGUGGGAGCAGUGAGACUCUAUUGUUGUCCUGCUAAUACCUGGGGUUUUAAAGUGUAUCAUCUGCAUUGUACUAUUUUAUGUGUUGUGGUAA